AUGGACGGACACUUUCGCACUACGAUGCUGGCGUUGCUUGCUGUGCUGCAAGCUGCCAGCGCAUACGAGACAUGGCACAUGGUGGACAUAGCCCAAGUGGUGUGCCCGAAGCCAGUGAGCAGCAAGCCAGAUGCGCCCCCCUUUCCGGACUACAACCUUGGCAUCAACUACACCAGCGCCAUGGUGGUGGACGCCCCGCACAUCGUGAGCUUCAUCCGCGCCAGCAAGCAGGCCGUGAAGGUGGUCUUCAAGAUUGAGGAUUACUACGGAGAUGAGGUGGUGCCGGAGACCACGGUGGAGCUCCAAGAGCUGUCAGACGCGGUGCCCAGCAGCUGCACGUGCUCCAACCCUACGAUCCCUGCCAGCGUAUCAGCCACCUUCGGGGCCAACUACGGUGCUCAGUGCCAGGCCUGGGACGAGCCGAAGUGCGGGGAGCUCUGGGGCAACGUGUCCCUGGGGGAGUGGUGCUGUCGCCCUUGGUGCUAUGCCACCAGCGACUGCCCCGACGCCUUCCAGAGCCAAGCCAUCCCCGGGCAGUACUUCAGUUAUGCAGCCUGCAACACCUAUGACCCGGUGACGCCUUGCCAAUGGACUGCCAUCGCAGAGGCGAACGACCCCUGCAAUUGCAAGAACAUGGGCUCCAGCUUCAACGCAGCAAUGAGCUCCAAGUUUCCCAGCACUUAUGGGUCCCAGUGCGGGUCUUGGGAUAUGACUAACUGCGCCACCAACUACGCGCCGGAUCAGGUGGACACCUGGUGUUGCUCCAGUUGGUGUUAUGUGGAUAAGGCCUGCUCGAGUGCCUUGGCCUCAUUGAAUCCUGGCAUGGAGUCAGUCCUGUACUGGUCCAACAAUGUGUGUCAAGACGAUCCUGCGCUGAUGGUGCAGUGCCCCUACAAGCCCCAGCCGAACGUCUCGGACAGCGAUACCUCCUGUGCUUGCCUGGAGGAGACAAUGCCGAGUAGUAUUGUUGAGAGCCUGGGCGUGAAUGCAUCCCUAUAUGCAGACUAUGGCAAGGUCUGCGGAGCUCAUGACGCGCUGAUUUGUGACAAGACCUAUCCCAACGCCCAGUUGGGUAUGUGGUGCUGCAUGUCAUGGUGCUGGGUAAGUGAGACGUGUCCAACCUCGCGGGCCUCCACUGUGUGGCCGGGGCAUUUCUGGAGCCAAGAGAAAUGCGAUAUGGACGCGGACGCGGUGUCCAGCUGCCAGUACGACAGGGCAUGCGAGUGUCGGGGCCAGCUUCCGGAUGGGACCUUCACCGAUGCCAAAUUUGCCGCUGACUAUGGCAGUUCCUGCUAUGCCUGGGACAAUAGCUCCUGCAAGGUGACCUGGGGGAGCGACAGUGACAGUUCCUGGGACACUUCGUCGGAUCACGAGUGGUGCUGCGACGCCUGGUGCUAUGUCAACGAAUCCUGUCCCAUCGCCAAGAAGUCCUGGCUGGGAAUUGGCUUUUACUUCAGCUACGAGACGUGCGACGAUCCGCCAGCGACCUACAACGAAGGCACCGACACCUGUGAUGCAACGCGACGCUUGGCGGGACGCCAACUCGCCGGCCGCCGCAGAUCAGGGGGAGGAGGUUGGAGCAGCUACUCGAGCUACAGUGCCCCCCGGCGCCGUGCCCCUGCUGCACCGGCCACCUCUCCCAGACGGCGCUCAUACUCCGCGCCCUCCGCCUACAGCCCCCGUCGCCGUGCCCCGGUCUCUCCCCGGCGACGGGACGUGCGGCGACGGGCGCCGCCCCCGCCGGUGCCAGCGCCCAUCGAGGCCAGGCGACGCACGACCAGCAUGGACGGCAACACCUACACCACCAGCCCGCGGCGCCGCUCCACGGACACCACACUGCGUCGGAGGCGUUCUGAGCCGGAGCUGCCCUAUGGCUACGCCAGCCGCCCCCAGAUGAUGAACAAUUAUGGUGGAACCAUGCCUAUGCAGACACCCUACGGCUACUCGGGCUACAACGCUGUGCCUGCCCAGAAGCCGGCCAACGUAGCCAUGUACGCAGCCGGCGGCGCUGUUGCUGGGGCGGUGGUGGGUGCGGGAGCCAUGUAUGCCUACAACAACAUGUACAGCGACUCCUGGGGUGAUCACCGCCGAAGGCGCAUCUACCCCUUUGGCAGGCCCAACUAUUGCAUCGUCACAGCCGGCGGGGAUCGGAACGGCGCCUUCAUGGAGUGCCAGCAGUGCUACAACAUGUACGGCUAUUCCGCGUGCCCAUCUGCAAAUUCUUGCCAGACAGCCGCAGGCUGCCGCUACACGACGCCUCAGGCCCUGAGCCGAGAUGACUUGGCCAGCACCGGCUUUGUGCCCAAUCGAUUCACCCCGCCGCUGCGGGUCACCUUCACGACCAUCACCGGGCCCGGCAUCAACACGGACCCGCUGGAAGGUAUAUGUCCACCGGAGACCCAGGCGCAAGCCGAUCUGGUUGCCCAGUUCAACAAAACCAUGUCCUUCAAGCCGGAGCUGUUCCUGGUGCUCACACAGCAGCAGACCUUGGCUUUGCUGUUAUGUGCAGUGACGGCCUAUGCUGGGGACACCUGGCACAUGGUGGACGUCGCCCAAGUCGUGUGUCCCAAGCCUACAACCAGCGAUCCGAACGCCCCUGCUUUCCCGGAUUACAACCUGGGUAUCGAGUACACAAGCGCAGCUCGGGCAUCAUUUGCCAUGGACGAGAACGCUCCUCACAUUGUGACCUUCAUUCGCUCCAGCCAGCAAGCGAUGACCCUGAAGUUCAGGAUCGAGGAUUACAAUGGCGAGCAGGUGGUUCCAGAGACCACCAUCACGUUGAAUGAGUUGAGCAGCACUGUGCCCAGCACCUGCAAAUGCACCAACCCAACAAUCCCGGCGAGCGUGUCGAGUACCUUCGGUGCCAACUACGGUACACAAUGCCAAGCCUGGGACAAUGCCAACUGCGGGGACCUCUGGGGCAACGUGUCGCUGGGCGCCUGGUGCUGUCGGCCUUGGUGCUACGCCUCCAGCGACUGCCCGGACGCCUACCAGAGCCAGGCCAUGCCAGGGCAGUACUUCAGCUAUGCGGCCUGCAACAGCUUUUCUCCUACGUCUCCUUGCACCUGGACGGCCGUGGCGCAGCAGAACGACCCAUGCACCUGCAAGAACAAGGGCGGCAUCUUCAGCGAUAUAAUGAAGUCGAAGUUCGCGCUGAGCUAUGGGUCUGAGUGCGGGUCCUGGGACAUGCAGACCUGCGCCACCAACUAUCGCCCGGACCAGGUGGACCUUUGGUGCUGCUCCUCCUGGUGCUACGUGGACAAGGAGUGCCCUUCGGCCAUCGCCUCCUUGAACGAUGGAAUGGAGGGGAUCCUCUACUGGUCUGACAACGUGUGCCAGGAUGAUGCGGCAUUGAUGGUUCAGUGCCCCUACAAGCCGCAGCCCAACAACACCAACGCGUCCGCCUGCGAGUGCCUCAACGAGACCUUGCCUGACAGCUAUCUCUUAGAGAAGGGCGUGAACCUGAGCCUGCACAUGGGCUUUGGCGCCCAAUGUGCUCCCCAUGACGCCUUCCUCUGCGACACCAUGUACCCCACCGCCGACCAUGACAUGUGGUGCUGCCACUCCUGGUGCUACGUCGCGGAGACCUGCCCCACGGCUCGGGCCUCCACCAUCUGGCCGGGCCAUUUCUGGAGCGAGGAGAACUGCACUUUGGACCCGGAAGUCGUCUCCGCCUGCCCAUUCAGCAGUGCAUGCGAGUGCCGGGGCGCACUGCCCGCAGGGGUGCUGAGCAGUUCCUUCGCGGCCAACUACGGCGGCGCCUGCGGCGCCUGGGACUCCGUGGACUGCAAGGCCACCUGGGGCAGCGACGUGGACAGCGACUGGGACACAAGUGCAAAUCACGAGUGGUGCUGUGAUUCCUGGUGCUACGUCAACGAGUCCUGCCCCAUCGCCAAGAAGUCUUGGCUUGGCGUUGGAUACUAUUGGAGCUAUGAGACCUGCGACGAUUCCAACGCCACCUACGACGAGGCCAGCGACACCUGCACCACGGCUGCGCACCGGCGCCGCGUCGCCCGACGCCUGGAGCUUGAAGAGGACGCUGACGCUGACGAAGAGGAGAUCGGAGCGGCUCCUCGUCAAUUGGCGGGUCGCCGGCGCUCGAGUAGCAGCUGGAGCAGCUCGUCUUCUCGCCGCCGCGCCAGCUCCAGCAGCAGCUUCAGCAGCUUCAGCAGCUCCAGCUACCGCAGGCGAUCACCUCCCACCAGCAGCACCAGCCCCCGCCGCCGCUCCUUCUCCGCGCCCAGCGGCUGGUCCCCCCGGCGCCGGGCCCCGGUCUCCCCGCGGCGCCGCGACAUCCGGCGCCGGGCGCCUCCACCGCCGGUGCCUGCGCCCAUCAACACCCGGCGCCGCUCCACCAGCCUCAACGGGCAGACGUACGUCACGACCCCCCGGCGCCGCAGCACGUCCUCCACGCUGCGCCGCCGCCGAACUAUCCCAGUGCAGCCCUAUGGCUACUCCUCCCGGCCGCAGAUCAUGAACAACUACGGAGGCACCAUGCCUUAUCAGACGAGCUAUGGCUACUCGGGCUAUGGCGCCUAUCAACCAGGCACCCAACAGAAUGUCGCCAUGUAUGCCGCGGGCGGCGCAGUGGGAGGAGCCGUGGUUGGAGCCGGGGCCAUGUACGCCUACAACAACAUGUAUGGCGAUGCCUAUGGUGUCCACCGCCGUCGAUACAUCAAUAGCUACUCCAAUAUGGACUGGUGCAUGGUGACAGCAGCGGGCAGCCGGAACGGAGCCUUUAUGGAAUGCAGGAGGUGCUAUGACUUGUAUGGCUUCUCGUACUGCCCAUCUGCACGCUCCUGCAAUACGGCAUCUGGUUGCGCCUACACUGCGCCGCAGAGCUUCAACCGCGAUGACCUGGCGGCAACUGGAUUCUUGCCCAAGAGCUACACCUUUCCGUUGCGGGUGAUCUUCACCAGCAUCACCGGUCAGGGCGUUGACACUGAUCCCGUCACGGGCAUUUGCCCGCCUCAGACGGCGGCCCAGGCAGAUUUGAUUGCUCAGUUCAACAAGACCAUGUCCUUUAAGCCCGACCUGUUCCUGGUGCUCACAAAGCAAAACACCCUGCGGGAAGCUGGAGCCUGUGAUACUGACACCACCACCAAGUGCACGAGCUCUUGCUGGAUCGAUCACAGCGUUUGCACCAACGGCAUCUGCCUGUGCCAGUCGGGCUACUGCUGCUUGGAACGCAGGGAGUUGCGCCAAAGCAGCACCGGGGGCUAUGGCCCUGUGCUUGCCGCUCCCUUGGAAGGUGAUCUGCGUUGGCGGGAGCGAGCCUUUUUUCGGCAUUGUGCUUGCAUCACCGAGAUCCGACCAGUCCAGCUGGCAGUUUGCACAAAUUUGAUCCCAGAAUACAACGUCAGGAGCCAGCUUCCCUGGAUAGCCUGGGCGGAUAACACCUGGCACCUGGUAGAUGUCUCCCAAGUGAUGUGCCCGAAGCCCACGAGCAGCGACCCAAAUGCGCCGGCGCUGCCGGACUACAAGGUUGGCAUCGAGUACACCAGCUCAAUUGAUGAGAAUUCGCCCCACAUUGUGAGCUUCAUCCGCGCGUCGUCAGAAGCGAUGAUUGUGAAGUUCAGGAUCGAGGACGCCAACGGUGAGCAGGUUGUCCCAGAGAUCACUGUGGGAUUAAAUGCGGUGACCAACACCGUGCCCAGCACCUGCAAGUGCACCAACCCUUCGAUCCCUAGCAGCGUGUCGAGCAUCUAUGGCGCCAGCUAUGGAUCUUCAUGCCAAGCCUGGGACAAUGCCAACUGCGCUGAUUUGUGGGGCGACGUGUCGCUGGGCGCCUGGUGCUGUCGGCCCUGGUGCUACGCCUCCCGCGAGUGCCCAGACGCCUACCAGAGCCAGGCCAUGCCCGGGAAUUAUUUUAGCUAUGCGGCCUGCGAUAGUGUCGACCCCGUCACUCCAUGCACAUGGACGCAAGAGGCGAAGAAGCACGAUCCGUGCACCUGCAAGAACAGGGCCAGUCUCUUCAACACUGCCAUGAAUUCAAAGUUUCCCAGUGAUUAUGGCUCUUCAUGCGGGGCGUGGGACAUGGCAAACUGCGCGGUGAACUAUAGCCCUGACCAAGUGGACUUAUGGUGUUGCGCUGACUGGUGUUAUGUGGACAAGGAGUGCUCCCACGCCAUCGCAUCUUUGAAUGACGGCAUGGAGGGAAUCUUGUAUUGGUCAGACAACGCGUGCCAGGAUGAUGCAUCUCGGAUGCUUCAAUGUCCAUACAAGCCCACCCCCAGCACCACCAACGAAGCCGCCUGCCAAUGUCUCGGGGAGAGCCUUCCUGAGAGCUACCUGUCUGAGAAGGGCAUCAACGUGGCCCUUCAUGCGGGCUUUGGCGCCCAGUGCGGCCCCCACGACGCCUUCCUUUGCGAGAUUAUGUACCCCAACGCGGACCACGGCAUGUGGUGCUGCCACUCCUGGUGCUACGUCUCGGAGACCUGCCCCACGGCUCGGGCCUCCACCAUCUGGCCGGCCCACUUCUGGAGCGAGGAGAACUGCACGUUGGAUCCUGAGAUCGUGUCCAGUUGCCAGUAUGACUCCCUUGCCUGUGAAUGUCGGGGCAAACUUCCUGCAGGGGUGCUGGGCUCCUCCUUCUCGGAGAACUACGGCAGCGCCUGCGGGGCUUGGGACAUGGUUGACUGCGCGGCGACCUGGAGCCAGAACCCGGACAGCGGCUGGAGCAAUUCUGCAAAUCACGAGUGGUGCUGUGAUUCCUGGUGCUACGUCAAUGCCUCCUGCCCCAUCGCCAAGAAGUCGUGGCUAGGCAAUGGGUACUACUGGAGCUACGAGACUUGUGACGACACGGACUCCGUCUAUGACACGGCCUCAGACACCUGCACCACGUCGAGUCACCGGCGACGAGUCCAAAGACGCCUUGACGGCGACGAGGGAGCAAGCCCCCGUCAACUGGCUGGCCGACGCCGAGCACCUGAUUCAUCGUACAGCAGCUACUACCCUCGCCGACGCUACAGUAGCUAUAGCAGCUACAGCCCUCGCCGACGAGUCAGCCCUGCCACCACCACCACUGAAAGCAGUCGCCGACGCGCAGCUGGCACAACCACACCAGCAGCCACAACCACAGCAAGCAGUCGCCGACGCGCAUUGCAACAACCACCACCACGGCGGCCCUUCGCCGGCGGACUGUGA